UCCGUGGUAGCCGUGGGAGCUGCAGCUUGCCAUCAUCUGAUAUAUCACCCAACCGCUGCGCAUAAAGGACUUCUGAUCGCCCGUCAACCCAGAGUUCUCUUCUGCUAUUCAUUUCCAGACAGGAUCGCAGCUCACCAUGGAUUUCAACAAAGUUGAUCAUCCUGUUUUUACGAUUGCUACCGUCACUCUCUUUCUUUGGUAUACCAUAACCUACCUGCAACGGGAAUGGACGCAUCGUCGUAUAAUGAAAGCGAACAAUUGUCAACCACCACCAUCUUAUCCUCAGAAGGAUCCUAUCUUCGGCCUCGAUAUUCUUUUUGAGCAGAUUAGAUAUGUCAGGAAAAACAAGCUUCUCGAGCGGUUCAGCGAGCGAUUCAAGCUAUAUGGCAACACAUAUACACAACGACGAUUGACCCAUUACGUUAUAACUUGCGAGCCGGAGAACAUAAAGACAAUCUUGUCCCUCCGAUUUAAGGAUUAUGGCUUGGCAGGCCGUAUCGAUGCAAUGGGUCCGCUUUUGGGUCAUGGCAUCUUCACCAGCGACGGCGAGCACUGGGCGCAGUCGCGUGCCAUGGUCCGUCCAAAUUUCGCGAAAGAGCAAGUCGCGCACUUGGAUAUUUUUGAGGAACUCGUCAACGAAAUGACCACACUGAUCCCAACCGAUGGCAGAACGGUUGAUCUACAGGAGUUAUUCUUCGAGCUCACCAUCGACUCUGCAACGGAAUUCCUCUUCGGGCACAGCGUGUACAGCCUCAAGAAGCGACUGGCUGGGACCCGUGACAGUACAGAACAGGACUUUGCCGGAGCUUUCAAUUAUGCACAAAAGGCCAUCGCAAUGAACCUACGCCUUGGUAAGCUCAAAUAUCUCCUGCGCGACCGUAAAGCAGAAGAAUCCAAUCGUAUCUGCCAUAGAUUGGUGGAGCAAUUCGUCGACAGUGCACUGAAAGUGCGAGAGCAGUCCAGCAACCAGAAAGCGUUUAUCGAAGAGGAUAGUCACGAUGCAAAGGGAAAGAAAAAUCACCUUUUCCUGCUUAGUCUAGCCCAGCAGACGGGAGACCGAAGGCGGAUUCGCGACGAACUAAUGAAUAUUCUCCUGGCCGGGCGAGAUACCACGGCAUCCUUGUUGAGCAACCUGUUCUUUAUGCUAGCAAAGAACCCUCGCAUCUGGAACAAACUGCGCGAGGAAGUUGCUUUCCUAGAAGGCCGCCCGCCGUCGUACGAGCAACUGCGUAAUCUGACAUAUGUGAAAUUCUGCUUGAAUGAAUCUCUUCGCCUCCACCCUGUUGUCCCAGCAAAUCUGCGCUUUGCGAACACGGAUACAGUACUUCCUCGCGGUGGUGGGCCAGACGGCAAGUCGUCUGUUUUCGUGCCAAAGGGCUCUAAUGUUGCCUAUCAUGUCUAUGCUCUUCACCGUCGUGAAGAAUUUUUCGGCCCGGAUGCGAAUGAGUUCCGGCCUGAACGUUGGGCUGAGAUCCGUCCGGGAUGGGAGUACUUGCCAUUCAACGGGGGACCACGAAUUUGCGUUGGCCAACAGUAUGCUCUGACGGAGGCAGGGUAUGUCACGGUUCGGCUAGCCCAGAAGUUCUCUGUGCUUGAAAGCAGGGAUCCAGGGCCGUGGGUGGAGGAGUAUGCACUGACCGUUUGUUCAAGGAAUGGGACGAAGGUGGCAUUGAGAUGA